AAGGUUCGUGAAUAUCCUUAUUAAUUUAGUCUCACAAAAACACACACAAACAGAGAUGGAUUUGCUGAGUUUUAUACUAUGUGUUCUGUUUAUCUGGACUUCGGUUCAAGGCCUAUUAUCAAUUGCAAAUGGAACCAAAGCUAGUCCGGGCAAGCUUCCACCGGGACCGGCACCACUGCCGUUCAUUGGAAACAUUCUUAAACUCAGCAACCAACCCCAUAAAUCUCUGUCCGACCUAGCCAAAACAUAUGGUCCUAUCAUGACCUUAAAACUAGGCCAAAUAACCACAGUGGUCAUUUCUUCAUCAACCAUGGCCAGAGAAAUCCUCCAAACACAAGACCUCUCCUUCUCCAACCGAUUCGUCCCAGAUGCAGCCCGAGCCCGUGACCACCACCUAAUCUCAGUGUCUUGGCUACCUGUUUCAACCCAGUGGCGAAAACUCCGGAAAAUCUUGAACUCCCAUGUAUUUUCAAGUCAAAAAUUGGAUGCUCAGCAACAGCCGAGGUGCCAAAAAGUUCUGGAGCUCAUUGACUUUGUCCACAGUUGUUCCAAAGCAGGUGUUGCAGUGGAUUUUGGACAAGCUGCAUUUAGAACUAGCCUUAAACUGUUAUCAAACACCAUAUUUUCUGUGAAUUUGAUUGAUCCAGGUUCUGAUAUUGCACAACAGAUCAAGGAAUUAGUUCGGGGCGCGAUGGAAGAGGCUGGAAAACCCAAUUUGGCUGAUUACUUCCCUUUCCUUCGAAAGUUUGAUAUACAAGGUAUAAGAAGUAGAAUGGAGAUUCAUCUUGGGAAGAUGUUUGGGUUCUUGGAUAGUAUGAUCAAUAAACGAUUGGAGAUGAGAAAAUUUCAUGGCUAUAUCAAGAGCAAUGAUGUGUUGGAUACACUUCUCAGUAUCAGUGAAGAAAAUAGUGAUGAGAUUGACAGAAUUCACAUCCAAAGGUUGCUAUCGGAUUUACUUGCCGCGGGGACAGACACAACUUCAAGCACAUUGGAAUGGGCAAUGGCAGAGAUACUACACAAUCCACAAACUCUUUCGAAAGCGAAAGCUGAGAUUGAACAAGUUGUGGGCAAAGGCAAGCCUGUGGAAGAAUCAGACAUCGCACGCCUACCAUACUUACAAGCAAUCAUAAAAGAGACCUUCAGGCUACACCCAGCAGUGCCAUUCUUGGUACCUCGCAAAGUUGAUGAAAAUGUUGAAGUAAGUGGCUUCACAGUCCCAAAGGGUGCACAAGUGAUAGUAAAUGUGUGGGCUAUUGGCCGCGAUCCGAGUGUAUGGGCGAAUCAUGAAUCGUUUAUGCCAGAGAGGUUCUUGGGAUCAGAAGUUGAUGUCCGAGGCCGCAAUUUCGAGCUACUUCCAUUUGGCAGUGGAAGGAGAAUAUGUCCUGGAAUGCCACUGGCUAUUAGGAUGGUUCACUUGAUGUUGGGAUCACUCAUAAACUUAUUUGACUGGAAGCUUGAAGAUGGCAUCACACCAGAGGACUUGAACAUGGAGGAAAAGUUUGGCUUCACCUUACAGAAGGCUCAGCCUCUGCUCGCUAUUCCUAUUCAUGUCUGAAGAUACAAGAAAUUCCUUCUCCCUUUCUCUCUCUAGAAUUCCUGCAUCUCAACCAAAAAGAUCUCCCCCUUUUCUUUACCUUACUUCUCCUAUUUAUAGAGAUUUACAAAUGUCGAUGGACUGCUGGAUCUAGGCCCGUUCCUCCAUGAGUCCCGGUCCUCUUUGAUGGGCUUAUGCGCGUUCGGCCCAUAUGACAGUGCCUUUCUAUGGGCCUGACCCACCUGUAUGGACUAAAUGUCGCGUUUGCAAGUCAUAUCUGGCCCAUGUCUUAUCGGGCCUCCUCAACUGCCCCCAUAAUUACCCCUUGUUUAAUAAGGGGGUAAUUAUUGAAGG